AAGGCAGCAGCCCCCACCACCGCCGGCCCAGGUUACCAUCUAGCACCGGGAAACACACUAGAGAGCCACCGCCGGCAUAGGCCAUUACCAACCAGUAACCAUGAGCAGCGAGGCCGAGACACAACAACAACCACCGCAGCCUGCUGCCGAUGCGGAGAGCCCAUCCAGCCCGGCAGCCGCAGCUUCCGCGGGGGAUAAGAAGGUCAUCGCAACUAAGGUCUUGGGUACAGUUAAGUGGUUCAACGUCAGGAAUGGUUAUGGGUUCAUCAACAGGAAUGACACAAAAGAGGACGUCUUUGUACACCAGACUGCCAUAAAGAAAAACAACCCAAGGAAAUACCUCCGCAGUGUUGGAGAUGGAGAAACUGUGGAGUUUGAUGUGGUUGAAGGGGAAAAGGGAGCCGAGGCAGCCAACGUCACUGGCCCAGGGGGUGUUCCUGUCCAGGGAAGCAAGUACGCAGCUGACAGGAACCGUUACAGGCGGUAUCCCCGCAGGAGGGGCCCACCCCGUGGCGACUACCAGGAGAACUACCAGAGCGACGGCGAGGGCGAGCGCGAACCAGGCAGCCGUGACAAGAGCAGCCGCGAGGGGGCAGAGAGCGCCCCAGAGGGAGAGAUGCAGCCCCAGCAGCGCAGGCCCUCCUACCCUGGCAGACGACGCUACCCACCAUACUUUGGCGGCGAAGGCGAUGAGAACCAGGGAGGUCCAGACCAGGGCAAUAAACCAAUGAGGCAGAACUACUACAGAGGCUUCCGACCAAGGGGUGGUCCACCCCGUCCCAGACCGGUGCGGGACGGUGAAGAGGACAAGGAGAACCAGGGCGGCGAGGGAGGCCCAAACCAGGAGCCCCGUCAGCGUCGCUACCGUCGCAACUUCAACUACCGCCGCAGACGCCCCCAGGCUGGUGGAAAGCCAGGCCAGGAGGGCAAGGAAGCAAAGACAGGAGGCGAACCAUCCACUGAGAAAACGUCCGCUCCCGAGGCCCAGCAGGGUGGGGCUGAGUAGGAACCAUCACCACCGGCAUGUACCAUCUCUUACCAUCGUCCGGUUUUGUCAACAAGAAGAAACAUCAAAGAUCUGAGCAAUAAGAAACAGAUUUGACUUGACGAUCGUCACAAGCUUGCACCAUGCAUUUGACCAGAUUACCACCGAUUGCCUGCAGAAUCUAUGCAGACCUGUUAUUUUCCAUUAUUUUUACGUGACAGCUACAAAAGUUUUGGGGAAACGGCAGAUGUUUUUCUAAAUCGGUCCUGAGUUUUUACACCAAAUUGUUUAUAAAAAAAAAAAAAAGUAAUUUGAUAUCUGGUCAGUUUGACAUUUUUAAAUAACUUUUUAUGUAUUCAAACAUUUUAACAAAAUGCAAGCUCAAAUAAAAGUCAACAGAGAA